CUCGCCCGCCCACCCCCCGCCCUGCGCGUCACGGUUCGGGCGGCGCAUAAAAGGCUCGGAGGCCUGGGGCGCACUUGGCGCUGAGAACGCGAGUCCAGGCGUGAGCGAGUCCGUGCGUCCCGCCCUUGCCCACGCAGCUUUCAGCCAUGGCCUGCGGCAACGCGCACAUUGGAAAGCCCGCACCAGACUUCCAUGCCACCGCGGUAGUGGAGGGCGCCUUCAGGGAGGUGAAGCUUUCCGACUACACAGGGAAAUAUGUGGUCCUGUUUUUCUACCCGCUGGACUUCACCUUCGUGUGCCCCACGGAGAUCAUCGCUUUCAGCGAGCAUGCUGAGGACUUCCGCAAGCUGGGCUGCGAGGUGCUGGGGGUCUCUGUCGACUCUCAGUUCACCCACCUGGCUUGGAUCAACACCCCCCGGAAGGAGGGAGGCUUGGGCCCCCUGAACAUCCCCCUGCUGGCCGAUGUAACCAGAAGCUUGUCCCACGAUUAUGGCGUGCUGAAAGAAGACGAAGGCAUCGCCUACAGGGGCCUCUUCAUCAUCGACGGCAAGGGUGUCCUUCGCCAGAUCACUGUCAAUGACCUGCCUGUGGGGCGCUCUGUGGACGAGGCUCUGCGGCUGGUCCAGGCCUUCCAGUACACGGACGAACACGGGGAAGUCUGUCCCGCUGGCUGGAAGCCAGGCAGUGACACGAUCAAGCCCAACGUGGACGACAGCAAGGAAUAUUUCUCCAAACAUAACUAGGCUGGCAGUCGGGUGGCAAGCUUGGGCUCUCGGCCCCUCCCUGUGCUGACCCGGGAAAGGCCAGACCUGCACCCUCAAACUCCAUAGUUGUCCACCCUGGAGGGCUAGGCCGAGGCCUUCUCAUGCUCCCAGCUGAGAGCUGCUGAAUAGUGACUCCUCCCUGGAGCCCCCGUAGCCGGGCACAGGCCUAGAGGUGACCAAUAAAGUAGUAGGGACAGA